AAUCAUUUUUCGAGGGCUAAUCAUAAUUUAUCCCUUCUGAAAACGAUCGGUGCGAUACUCUGUUCUGUAUUCACCGGCGACGAUGGCUUUGAACAAUCGGCGAAGAAAGCCGAGAUAUCUCGCUUUAGGUUUAGCAGAUGAACCAAUCACAGUUCCAGAAACCGCUUACGCUGAAGUCCGUGAGAAAACCCGCCUAAGCUUGGUUGGUCGAGUUGUUGUUACCCCUAGAAGACAAGAUCUCUACUCGUUGAUCGAUAAGCUCCCUCAAGAGUGGCCCAUCGACUCAUCCAAAUGUCGCGGCCGCCUCAUCGGCGGAGGCAAGUUUCAAUUCUUGUUUGAGAGGGAGCGUGAUUUGGAAAUGGUUCUUUGGUCUGGUCCUUAUCACUUUAACAGGUCGCUCGUCGUGUUGGACAAGUGGCAGGAUAAGCCAGGUCCGCAGUUUCUGAAACAGGUGCCGAUGUGGUUGAAGAUCCGUGGGAUUCCGGUUCAGUAUCUAAGCGAUGGGACGGUUCGUGAGAUUGCUUCGUCUAUGGGUGAGGUAAUGGAGGUUGAGUUAGAUGAUACGAUGUUUGAUUUGCGUACUGUGCGUGCUCGUGUGAACGUUUCUGUGGAUACGACUCGUUUGUGUUUUAAGAAAGUGGUUAGGUUUGAUUCUGGGGAGGUUAAGAUUGUGAGUUUGAGGUAUGAGGAUAUUGCUAUGAGUAGAGCUCGGUUUAAGUUUUGUUGUAACUGUGGGGCUUUGAAUCAUCUCACUAGUUCUUGUUCAGUCCCUUGGGUUGAUGUUCCUGACCCUUAUGAUCGUUCUCUUUCACCACCGCCUCAUGAGUCUUCUAUCUCUGAUGGUUCUGCUGAGAACAAUGGUGAAAGUGGUACCAAGGAGCAGCUCGAACUGGCGGAUGCGUCUGCUGAUGUGGUUCAGGACUUACCUAAUGGGGAUGGUGAGCAGCAGCAACAACAAGGUGUUGAGGAAGCUCGUGCUACGCAGGUGCAAUCUGAAAUGGUUGGAACUUCAUCUGAGGGGUCCAAAAGGAAGUUUGAUGCGACGGAGCAGACUGAUGAUAAUCUGGAAAAGCGGCUUAGAGGAAGCGCUGAUGAUGCAUCAGAGGGUUUGGGGGUUAACCUCAAACCACUUCAAGAAGAAUGAUCCUGUGAAAGUUAGAACUGUUAGGGAGGGCUCUGGGUUAUUAUAGAUGUUUCCUGACAGUUUUGGUUAUCGGAAAGGCAUAGUUGUUUCUGAAACCGUAAUUAUAGAAGGGUACUAUGGAGUUUAUGCUGGCUAUGAUGUCUUCAAGUCUUUGUAAGAUGUUUUCUAGGUUCUGCAAUCGUUUUGGUCCACAGCGGAGAGGAGAUUGUGAUGUGGGAAAUGCUGGGUAUAGUGGUUUGGUGUUUGUCGGGUUGUUGGGUUAAGAGUUUCAUUUUGAAACAUUAUGGUCUCGUCUUGCUGUUUAUUGUCUUAAGACUUUUGUAAGACUAUAAUUUUCUGUUAACUCUUUUGCUUGAUGUAGUGAACAACUAAGGGGGUGUUAUUGGAUUGAGGAUUUUAAUAGAUUUUAAUUAACCCAGGACAUUAGUGGA